AUGACUACCCAGCAGCAGUUUCCUGGUUUGCACUGGAUCUGGAAGGGAGCCAUCUCUUUCGUCUAUGAGGUCCUUCCUCGCAUCGUGGUCAAGGUCCCGAAAUCCGGCGAGUUUGAGAGAGAGCAAUUUGGGAAAGAACUCAAGGUCUAUGAGAUGUUUUCUCGAAAUCCACCUUGUCCUUCUAUAGUGCAGUGUUUCUUCUACACAGACAACGGCAUUUUCCUCGAGUAUAUGCGAGAUGUAUCUCUCUGGUGUAGAAUACAAAACAAUCAUAUUCGCGACCAGCAAACUUCCGUGGUUACUAAAGUUGAAAAAUUGGAACCUCUAUCUCUACGAAAGGAGUGGAUGAACGACCUCGCACAAGCCGUCGCUUUCCUAGAAUCGCUUGAUCUCGCUCAUGGCGACCUACGACCCGAAAAUAUUUUACUUGAUCGUGACCGAUUAAAAGUGUCGGACUUUGAUUGUACGGCGGAAAUCGGGACAGAUUUUGAAGCCUGCAUGGCCCCGUACGGAAGAAUACUCAACGACAACGAGCCGGAUCAAGGACGACGUGGGAGUUCCGGCUUCUUAGGCCCUCGAACCGAAAAAUUCGCCCUCGGUUCCUUGUUCUACCUCAUAAACUACGGCUUUGAGGUUUAUGGAGAUAGAUGUCUUACCGAGAACCCUAACGAGCACGGACGCAAGGUCGUAGACCUACUGCAGAGUAUGGAAUUUCCAGAGUUAGAUCGUGAACCGUUAAUUGACAACAUCAUCAACAAAUGCUGGCACAGCAAGUAUGCCACGAUUGCGGAAUUGGCCGCAUACACAGAUACGCUCCCUGAAAAGCCCAGGACAAAAACCAAGGCCGAAGCAAAUCUCGUUCCCGAAUGGCAUAUGGGCGGGUUACGGAAUAGUUUCAGAUCUUGGGCGUCAGUGCUCUAUCGCACCAGCGAGGCAAUCAACCCUGAAGUAGCCAAUGACAGAAAACCGGACUAUAGCCAUGACAUGGGGCAAGAUUCGUCAGAGGAUUUCUCUUCGAAAAAGGCGUUCUGCCAGAGCUUGGAGAAGCGUGGGCUUCUUCAUAUGCUUUCUUUGGGAGAGCCGGAGCAACUUGGAUUCACUACCGAGUGGUAUAGAUAUUCCACGAGCUGA